AUGGCGCCGCCCACCCUCCUCCCUGACUCCGCUCGCGCGGCCCUCGACGACGCCGUCCAAGCCGUCGCCGACGCCGUCCGCACGUCCUUUACUCCCCGUGAAGGCAGCGCCGUCGACCCUGCCACCGGGUCCUCCGUUGCCAACCUCGCUGCAAACCGGGCCUCCAAGGCAGCGCAUGCCGCUCUCUCCGACGCCCUCACCGCGUUUGUCCUCUCCACCAACAUCGAUGGAUCGCCGAUAUCUGCUUCCUCCUCGGCGUCUACCUCCGAUACGGUGCUCUCUUCCUUGACUUCAUCCUCGACCUCGACGUCGGCUCCGGUUUCUUCCUCGACUCCGCCCGCCCCGGCAGUUCCUCCUCCAACUUCAUCAUCACCGGAUCCUGCGGUGUUGCUCCUGCCGGCCCUGGAAGCCAUCCUCGACCCGGUGCGGUUUCCUGGCACUCCUCAACAGCCUUCACGGUGCCCACCUGCUGCGCCGGCGCUCGGCCCCGACGCCCUCGCGGCCCUCCAUGCGCAGGCCGUCUCAGUCCUCAACAUCAAGGCCCUAGUUCCCAUCACCCUCGACGUCGCUACCGCCAACUUCACGCGCUGGCGCGGCCUCUUCCUCAUCGCCCUCGGCAAGUAUGCGUUGACGGCACACGUUCUUUCCGACGAGCGCCGCCCCGACCUCGCUGAAUGGAUCCAGAUGGACUGCGUGGUGCUAGGUUGGCUCUAUGGCACCAUCUCCUCCGAUCUGCUUCAAGAGGUCAUGUCGCACGACGCCACCGCCCGCUCGGUAUGGCGCGCCCUUGAGCUACAGUUUCUCGGCUACUGUGAGCAGCGCGCCCUCAACCUCACCACGGAGUUCCGGACCUUCCACCAAGGCGACCUUUCCGUCAACGACUACUGCCGGCGCAUGAAGACGAUGGCGGACUCACUUGGUGACCUUGGCGAUCCUCUCACCGACCGUGCUCUGGUUCUUGCUACUCUCAAUGGUUUGAAUGAAAAGUUUGAUACCUUGCGUAGCCUCGUAACCAUGCAGCGUCCUUUCCCGUCCUUCGCCGACGUUCGCUCGCAACUCUUGUUAGAAGAACUCACCAAGGCCAGUCGCCCCUCCGGGCAGUCCACCGUCCUCCUCGCCGGCGCUUCUAGAGGCAAGCCGCCAUCGACGCCCAACCCUGCCCACGUCACCGGCUACGGCGCGGGCGCGUCCGGCGGCUCCGGUAAAUUAGAUCUCCACUGA